CGUGCUGUUUCCCGCGGAUUUCAGCGUGUUUGGCCGUGCUUUUGCACACUCUCCUGGUUCCAGUGAAGAUGGGAGGUUAUGUCACGUGAUAACCACGUGAUUAGGGCAUAAGAGCAGGCGAGGCGGGCAAGUGGUGGCGAUGGCGCGAACUAGUGUGUCGAUCAAUAUCUAUGAUUUGCUGCCUGAAGGGGCGCUGUCAAGCAUUGCAUGGGCGCUUGGCGUUGGGAUCUACCAUAGUGGAGUAGUGAUUGGGGACAAAGAGUAUGCAUAUGGGGGGCAUCCGGUGGAAAAUGUUUCUGGUAUUUAUACAACGGUACCACGAACACUACCGCCGGGUGGGCGUUUCAGGACGUGUAUUCGAUACGGAUACAUUACAAUGACAGAGAAGGAGAUUGAGGAGGUGGUAUUGGAUGUAGGAAGGGAAUUUCAAGGGCCAUCGUAUAAUCUUUUGACGAGGAAUUGCAAUCAUUUUACAACGCAUCUUUUGUAUCGAUUGACGGCGUUUUCGACGCCUAAAUGGCUUAAUCGUGCAGCAGCAAUAGGCGUUGCGUUUCCGUAUGUGGUUCCGAGUGGCUGGAUUGAGCCGCCUACGGCAGAUACGGUGGGUGCAGUGGGUACAGCGGGUACUGUGGAUACCGUGGAUACAGUGAAUACAGUGGAUAUAGUGGAUAUUGUGGAAAUAGAGGAAAUACUGGACAAUGAUACAAGUCCUGAGCUUUCUGAGCCACAUUCUAGCAGCACAUCAGACCACUCAUAA